CCUGAGCCAUGACCUGGACCUGAGCCAUGACCUGGACCUGAGCCAUGACCUGGACCUGAGCCAUGACAUGGACCUGAGCCAUGACCUGGACCUGAGCCAUGACAUGGACCUGAGCCAUGACCUGGACCUGAACCAUGACCUGAGCCAUGACAUGGACCUGAGCCAUGACCUGGACCUGAGCCAUGACAUGGACCUGCUCACUGAGAACCACAAGGCUGCACAGCACAAGUGCAGGCUCAGCAGGAGCAGGCCCUUGGAGAGGAGAUGCAGAAACUGCAGAAGGAGGUGAGCUGUCUCCAGGGCAGCCUGAGUCAGAGAGAGGAGGACAUGGAGGCACAACUACAGCCAGCUACAGCAGGAGAGGGUCAGCCUGCUCACACAGGUGGUGGAGUGGGACGAGCAUGUGCUGCGUCUGUGUGCCCAGGCGGUGGUGUUGCAGGGGGGAGCUGAAGGCCCACAGUGCCCAGCUGGAGAGCGGGGAUGGUGCCCUGAGCCAGCACCUCCGAGACACCCAGAGAGACCUGGAGUCCAGCCGCAAACACAGCCAGGAGUGUGAGAUGGUCAUCAGCACUAUGAGAGACAGCACUGCCGCACUGAGAUGACAGGUCGGACAGUCAGUCAGUCAGUCAGACCAGUUAGGUCAGUCAGUCAGGCCGAUCCUCAUCUACAGGGAUGUAGCUUCCCAAUGACGGACUCGUCCAAAGACACAGACAAACCCUGUCACGCUGUGCUAAUCACUCCCUUUCCACUACAAACAUAGAUUAACAUACUAGUCCACUCAGUGGUUUCCCUCUACAUAGUCAGCCCACUCGUCCUGCUCACUACCCCUGCUACUUAGAACAGUGCCAGUCAUGCGGUGAAGUCAAAGCCAGUCAAGUAGUACUAGCACUGUAGUAUACCCAACUGGCCUCUCAGGUGAGUGAAGCUACAUGCAGGUCAGUUGUCGUGCCACACCUCUGUAGGUAAGGCUCCAUCUCUGCUGCUGAUCUGUAAACGGGUGGAGUCAGACAGGGUACAACACACUGGGAGUCGGAGGCCUGGGGACCUCUGGAAGUGUUUUCACUGAUUCCUAUUGAUCGGCUUCAUGGCCCCCAUACAGGAGGAAACACAAUGAGAAAACACUGGCAGUGUGAGCUCCCUGGACAGCACAGAGCACAGCACACAGCACAGAGCACCACCGUUAAUGGCUGGCAGGAGGAAGCAGAGAGGAGGGGGAAGACUGGAUUACAUGGGCAGAGCAGUGGAGAGGAAGGAUUGAUGUUUGGACUUGUUUGGGUGUGUGUGGUUGUGUGCAUGCAUGUGUGUGUGAGACACGGGGUGGUUGACAGCUCCAUGCACGGAAGAAGCAAAGUGGAAAAUCAUGCUGGGGAUGCGAUAUGUGGCUGAAAUAAUAGCGGCCGUGCCCAGUGGAGCUCAGCGUUUAUGUGGUGUGGGGGUGGCUGGAGAUGCAGUUGGGCAUUUACCUCCUUCUGUGAGCCCACAAUGGAGGCGCCGUUCCCGUCACCUUCAGCUCUUACCCCCACACCCCACCACCUGGGUCCCUAACAACACCCCCUCCCACACAGCAGAGCUCCAUUGGUAACACAGAGGCUCUCAAUCACACACACAGUAUUGAUCUCUCCCAUCCUCAGCUGGGUCCUUAGUGCACACAGCGCGACACACCACCCGCUCGGUUCAGACUUUUAAGUGAUCACUUCCUGCCAAGUUAUUUUUUCACACCAGUGUUUCUUUACCUCUUUCCCAAGUUUACAUUUGUUGUCUGGAAACUGGGGUGUGUGUAUGUCUGUGUGAGAGAGGGAGAGAGAGUCUGAUUUCAUUUAAUGAGCCGAUCGCUCUGAGUCUGCUGUGAGACAUCAAUACAACCAGCUGAUUUCACCACCUCUCACUCCAUCUUCAUCCUGCCUGUAACGGGCCCUGGCUUUAUGAACACUAUAGACACGAGGUAGUGAAGGCUGUCUGGAAAACAUAGACAACAAAUAACAACAGUGGGUAAUGAGAGGAACACCAUAUUCAGAUAGAUAUAUUAGCCUCAUAAACUUUGAGGCCAUUUGGGAGUGUUUUAUAAGUGCAGCAGCACAAAGUAAUCCUGACAAACCACCGACACCCAAUUGGACAUUUUGACUGUGUGCGUGUGCGUGUGUGUGUGUGUGUGCCCCUCAGACAGGCCAACUCAUCUGUGAGAAGCAGAAUGUGCUCCAGUCACGAGCCAUCAGGCCCAGCAUCGUGCAGACGGGGGAGACUGAGGGGAAACGUUCUGUUUGCCUGUCUCUGUUUCAUUAGCGUGAACUCACCCAGCACCUCAGCCCCAAACUUAGUCUCAUAGUGACCCCCGGCCUGCCUCACCCACAGUCAGAUAGGAGGACCCCAUGCAGUCUGCCCUUCAACCAUAGUCUCACAGAGCUCCAGCCAGUCCUUCUGUCUCUACCUCGCAACACUCAACUACACAACACAGGAAGGAAAUGGGACGAGAGACCUACUACAUUUACAUUUACAUUUUAAAGUCAACCGCAUGACAGUGGUUCUGUACCGGUCUGUCAACAGAUAUAUCUGUGCGCUAUGUUUGUUCCUGUGUGCCUCUCUCAGGUGGAGGAACAGGAUGAGAGUGUGGUGAAGAGCCAAGCUGAUUUCUCUGUCUACAGAGCCAGUCACAUCCACUCUGACUCAGACUACGACUCCCAGCUCUGCCGCAUCCAGGAACUACAACAGGCAUUCUCCCAGACCAUGGAGCAGUGUGCCCAGAGUAGCCAGGACCUCAGUGUGUGCCAACUGAGAGAGGAGGUAUCCAGACUCACCCAGCUCAAGGACAACACUGUGGCAGGCAGUGCAGAUGCGGGAUAACCUCCAGAGGCGUUGGAAGGCUGAUCUGCUGGAGGCCCGGGAGACUCUGAGGAGUCGGGCUGUGGAGGUGGAGCGGCAGGCAGCUGCAGCCAGGGGCCUGGAGGCUGACGUCCAGAGGGGCAGGAGGGAAGGACAGCAGAGAGAGGCAGAGUGUGGCUCUCUCAGGACCCAGCUGAUGACCCUCAGGGAGGAACUAAAGGAGGCCCAAGGAUGCUGCAGGGACACGGGACCCAGGUGGAGAGUCUGAAGAAGGAGGCAGGGGAGAGCAGGCAGGCCCAGCUCAGUGCUCAGCAGGAGGCCAACACACACCAGCAGAGGGCUCAGCAGCUGGAGGCAGAGCUGACCAACACCAAGGACACACUCAGGACUCUACAGCAACAGCUGCAGGAGCAGGCUGAUGCCAGCCAGGCACUGCGGGCAGAGCUGUCCCAGGAGCAGGCCAGGCAGCAGUAGCUGCAGGAGGGGAACCAGGGGGCCAGGGAGAGAGAGGGUCGACUGGAGUCAGAGAGAAACCAGCUCAGAACCAGCAUGGAAGCAGCUCACAGCCAGCUGAGGGAGCGGGAGAGGACUGUGGGGUGCCUGCAGGAGCGUGUGGUAGAGCUGCAGAGCACCACCCAGAGGCUGCAGGAGGUACAGACAGCCUGCCAGGCUCAGCUGUAGCAGUGAAGGAGGGAGCUGGAGAGCAGGGAGGGCCAGAGACACAGCCAAGAGGUCAGAGAUGGGCGUCUUUCAGGAGAUGGUGUGCAGGCUGAGGGAGUGUGUAGAGGAGGCCCAGGCCAGCAGCAGGCAGGGGACCAGGGACACAGCAGCAGCACAACACAGCCUCAGAGAGCUGAGACUGGAGCUGGCCUCCACCCAGGCUUCCCAUAGAGCAUGGAGAGCAUGGAGCUGGUGCGUGCCCUGCUUACACACAGCUGGCUGAGCAGAGUGGUGAGGCUGCAGGUCUACGUAGUGAGCUGUCCCGCCUGCAGCAGAGGUGCUCCUAGCUGUCAGAGGAGAGAGGGGGCCAGGAGGAGAGGACCAGGCAGCUGGCUGCAGAGCUCCACAGACUACGCACUGCCAGCAGACACUGGACGAGGUAUCAUCCCUCUCCCACCUGGACUCGGUCCUGUGAGGGCAGGCUGGCAGAGCUGAGUGCCCAGCUGGGGAGGUCUCAGUGCUGGGGCCAGGAGAAGCUGGUAGCCCUGGAGAAGGAGGUGGAGAUGGCUUCUCUCAGGGAGAACUAGCAUGCCAAUGUGGCCCAGGUGGAGGCCUUACACUCACAGCACGAUUCCAUGGAGCACAAGUACAGCACAGCAGCUAAUGAGGGAGAGUGAGCUGGUGAUAACCAACGUCAACCAGUGAGUGAAGCCGCAGAAGCAAGGGUCUGCAGGAGGAGAUGAAGAGGCUGAAGGCUGAGCUGGAAGAGAGCAGGAUUGAAGCCGAGAGGCCUCUCAAGCCAGUAUGAGUGGCCAGCGCAGUGCCCUGACCAGACCUCCCGUCCAGCUGCUCCACACAGAAUCUGCUCUGACUGCGACAGGAGCCUUGAGUGGCCAGAGAGACAACCUGUGGAGGAGGAGCUCUGGCUGCCAACCUGCAUCUGCACUAGUGCCAGACUCAGCCUGUGUCUGCCUGGCAGGGAGGGGGGCCACGUUUGCUGCUUAGGUGGCCAGAAGAGACCCUGGAGCGCAGACCCCUGCCAUGUGACCACCACCGCUGGAGCAGACCCGCUCUCUCAGCUGGGACAAGCCACGCCCUACACAUCUCAGGGAGGGACACUGGUGGGGGCUAGUAUGAACCAAUGAGAAGGGAAGUACAGGUAGUUAUGACUCAAGAGAAUACAGCACACAAAUAUUUAUGAUUUUGUAGCUUGAUAGAUAUGAAUAAAUUAUUGUAUUAUAUUUAAGAUUAUUUAAUGACAAUACCUAAACUUGAAUAAUUUAAUUUCUUUGGUAUUUUCAGUAUAUAUUUUUUCAAAAAUGAAUCUUUGUGGGACAAUAUUGUAAUAAUAAUAAUAAUAAUAUUGUAAUAUCUAACCAUUACUCCUUCAGCCCAGUUCUACAUUAUGAUUGUCUACGUAUUCACAACAGAUUCUGUUGAACACAUAUUCUGUGUUGUGAAUAAGUAGACAAUUACAAUCUUACCUGUACAGUAUCUGGGUCCUUCCACCAGUUCGGUGCCUUUUUAGAAGUGUAACUUGUGAUUUCACAAAAUGUUGACAUUCUGUCCUAAAGAGCACAUGUUCAACUUCAUAAAAAACACGUUGCCAUUCCAAUAGGUUAAAUAAAAAAAUACUAUAGCUAGUGCCUAUUAAGUGCUAAAUAAAGUAGCAGGGUUGACGGUAUCAGGGUUGACGGUAAUCAGGGUUGACGAUCUCGUUUUAAAUCAGCCAUAAAUCCUCUCGUGACAGGGGGAAUGGAAGCUUGUGUGUAACAGGAAGUGGCAAUUGAAACCCGUUAGUUUUCUAUCACAAAACAGAAAAUGGCCCAACAAGUUUUUACACUAUGAUUUGACUAUUUGAUGUUCAAUGUUUCUUUUGAAAAAUACAUUUUAAAUGAACAGUUUCACCAUAUUAAAACUAGAGGGUUGACCUUAAAAUGAGGGACAGAUGUGAAAGAAUCACUAAUCAAAUGAAAUAAAUAUAAUCUUCAGAACUGACUUAAGAUAACUAGGGAUGUACAAUGGAGAAAUGUUUGGAUUACAUGGGUUGAAGUCUUCCUAGAAGUGACACAGGGUUGGCAGAGGGACAUGUCAAAAUGCUGAAUUUAGCAAGCCUUUAUUCAUAUUAAAAAUCAGAUUAAUUGAAUUUUCCAUGCCGUUUAUAUUAAAGGGCACUUCAUUGAGUAGAACAGGCUUUUAAAAUUAAUAUCAAAAGGCACUCUUCGUGGAACGACCCAUCUGACAAAUAUUUGUAUCUAUCCAUUCAGGGUUUUGAUUUACAUUUUUAUAGAAACCUAGAAAGAAUUAGAAAAAAGUGUCCAGCCUUUUAUUGUGGUAUGAGAAAUAGUCCUGCUUAUUUCUGAGGUUGUCAAAUGAUUAAUUGAUGUCUAGAUCAAAGUACUAAAAAUGUAUUGGGGGGGAUUUCAUGGUUUCAGUCACCUAGAGCAAUACAUCCUUGAGUUCAUCGUAAGUCCUAAUGAAUUGUGUAGGCAGAGAAGUCUUUGUGGCCAAAUAAAAGUCUGGUAAAGGCAUCUAAACCCAUAACAA